UUUUUCUGGUAAAUGAUCCAAACAAACAGUUUCGAUACUUGAGAAAACUUGCCGUUUCUCGAUUUGAUUGGAUUCUUCUUCUUCUCUUCACAAGCUAUAAGCUCAAGUUUAUACGUGUACAUAUAUUGAUGCAAAGCUAAUCUCAAUCUGUGGCCUUGGGUCCAAAUCAUGGCUGUUGUGAUAUUGUUGCUGUGAGGUUUCAAUUUUAGAGAAAAUGGAAAAAGCUUCUUCCACGCCUCCGAGCUCAGGUUAUCUCGAUGCUCUCACUCUAGAAAUCGAGAAAAAGCUCCAACGGGCACUAGCUUCUGCAUCGCUGAGACGCAACUUGUUGCAAGAGUUGUUUGCUGACAUAGCUCUGGAAGUAGAUGAUCGAGCCAGAGAUAUAAUUCUCAGCAGGGAUGAAGAUACAAUUUCUCCUGCAGAGGAUGAUGCUGAUGGUCAAUUAUGCUUUUACAAUGUUCUCGCUGAUUAUUAUGCUAGGGUGCCGGAGAGAGGAAAAAGAAUUCUUGAUUUAAUUGUCCAACUUUGGAGCCAAUCAUUUGCAUCACAUAUUUUUUCUCUUCUGUUCCACAAAUGGCUAUUUGAAUCCCAUCUUCAUAGUACUGAAGUACUUCUACGUUAUUCAUCUGCUCUAGUUCAAGGUGCUACAAACGUUUUCUGGAUUGACAUCCAAACAAACACCCGGCAUUUUCAAAGCCUCUUUCGGUAUCUCCUUGAGGAAGUUGCACUAGAGCCUAAGCGCUUGAAUAAAAUUCCAUUACAGGCACAACAAGAUCUGUUUCUUCUACUCUCAAGAUCCUUACUUUAUUACAACUUAGAUGACAAACUAGAAAUCUUCUUAAAGCACUUUCCUGUUUUUCCAAAUGCUUUCUUGGUUGGUGGUCCAGUGGAUUUCUUUGUGAUUGAACUUGCAGACCAGCUUCAAAAGUUGAAGGUGGAGCCAGUUCUAUUGCAUUACCUCUCUCAAAUUAAAAUUCUCCAAGCAGGAAUGGAACUGAGAAUGACCACAAGUACAAGACUAAGGGCGUGCUUGUAUAGCUUUACUUCUCCUGGUGGUCCAAUGUAUCCCACCAGAGCUGUUCGUCAUGCAGCCUGGGAAACUUUAGAUCUGCUUUUCCCUGUGGGACGAUACCCUCGACAUCUUAUAAGUCUGUUUUUCCGGCUGUUAUAUCCAUGGUGCUGGCCCUCUUCCUGUUUCAACUUCAUAAAAUCUUGCAUGAAGGCAAUUUUCUACUGUCUUGUGCGACAAUUGUUUUCUGGCUGGGACAAGCUGAGGGAGAACUAAGUAUCCAUGCUAAAAUGUCGGAAAAAAAAAAAGGCCUCCAGUGGAAGUCUAAAUCUGAAUUGAAGGCCUGCAGAUGUUUCGCAUUUCAGAUCAUGUGUGUUGUACAAGUAAGUUUUUCUUUAUUUCUCUCCUCCCAUUUUAGUCUCCAAGGGAAGUGAUCAAUGUUGUUUUCCCUUUUUAUUUUGUUUAAUUUAAUUUAAUUUAAUUUUCUUUCUUUGCGAUACUAGUUCUUGAUUCUUUGUAAAACAUCAAAUUCUAAGUGGGUACAUUUAAUUAAACAAAGUCCAAACUGUUUUUUUUAGGCAUUUUUAUCAAUUUUUAUAGCUAAUUUGUUAAUGUAAUAUAAUUGUAAAGGUUUGUGUUCAUCACUGUAAGGAUGCAGAUUAUUUUUUUAUGUAUAUAAUAAUGAAGCCUAAUUUUUUUAUUAUUUUAA